UUUAACAAUUUCUGUUGGCAGCGGCGCACAGUGUCUAGAAAGAAGGUGUAUCGCGUUGUUUUAAAAUGUCGUCGUUCCGCAUUAUAUUUCAUUAAAAACGCGUUCAAACCCAUUAGAAAAUGUGAUAUUCUCAUUAUUCGAAAAGAAUUUUAGACUUUUUUUUUGGGUGUUUCAUUGGAUACACGCGAUUUGUGAAGUUUUGCUUACGUAUAUACAUAUAUACAUAUACAUAUACAUAUAUAUAUAUAUAUAUAUCUUCCAACAAUAUAUUUCCCUUCCCCACAACAUCAUCCUCCCCCCCACACACACACACUGCGCUCGUUCCAAGAUCAUCAACCUUACUUAUGGCUACCAUGGCCGAUAAUAAUUGUAUUUCAAACGAAAUUAUGUCAUAUCCAAAUUUCGGAAAAUCCCUUCAACGAAAAUGGAUGAGAGCAAAUAAUCCUAGUGAUGUUGUUAUUGAAGAACCGGAUAGUAAAUUAAAUUUUAGAAUAACUGAGAAAAUCAACGACAGAAGUUUGAAAAUCAAAAUUCGUGGACACGAAAAACAACUUCAAAAUGUUGCACUCUCAAUGGACAGUCAUCAGAAAAAUUUCAUCCUUAAAGGAGUGAUAAUUGAAAAAACAGGACAAAAAUGUCAGGGUGUUUGUAAUGGUAAAGAAUGGCAAUUAAAAUGUUCCGAUCAUGGGCCAACUCGUAUUGGAAAUUUUGAUAAUGAUUAUCAAAUUGAAGUAAAUUUUAAAUCAUCUGAUUAUGGUACUUAUCGACAAAAUAUAUUCUUUUAUUUUGGUAAAGAACGUCCAGUGAUAUUAAGAAAAAUUUGUAUUGAUUGCGUACCAAUUGAAGAUCUACAGAGGCUAAAUGAUGCAAGUCAAUAUGUAUUGAAUUUAAAUCAACGUCUAUUAAGUAAGACACAUAAAAAUUUUGUACCCUUUAGUUCACCAUUUGUAACAGCAAAAGAUCCACGUGAAGAAUAUUUAGAUAAAGCCUAUCCAUAUCCUGAGACGGAACAUUUUUUUUUAACACAUUCAACAUUAACUGAAAGAACAUUAACGCCAAGUAAUUAUAAAGGACGACUACAUGAAUUGGUUACUGUUGAAGAAUUAGCAAGACAUGAACAAGUUGCAAGGUAUAAUGAAGCUGCACAAUUGAGAUUGUCCAAUAAUUAUAUUCUUCAUUCUGAUACCGAUGGAUCUAGCCUUGCCAAAUAUGCACCGCCCAGCGAACUUUUUGCACAGCUUCCUUUGGGAAGAGAAUUAACAGAAGAUACAAAAUGUGGCCGUUUAUUUCUACGUGGUUGCAAUAGUAUUGUGAUUAGGCCAAUUGGUGAGAAUCCACCGAAAUUCACUGAAAAUGAUAUGGUAUUUGAAGCGCAUGUUGAAGAUAAAUGUACCCAUACAAUUUAUGCACGUCUAUCAAAAGAAUGUGUGGAAAAACUUGGAUUUAAAGCAGAUACCGAUCUUAAAGUUCAAGUACAAUUUUUAUUAAAUCGUUUACCAUUUUGUGAAUGGCAUAGAGCAAUAGAUUGUCUACCAGAUACAAAAAUUGUAUUUCCAAGUUCAACACAUAAAUACGGUGAGGAGCAUUAUGUAUGGAAUAAAAGAUGGGAUAAAAUGGUACAAACAUAUGUACUAAAUGAUAAGCAAAAAAAAGCCGUAGCUGUGAUAAUGGCACCGAAGGAUGAUAUUUUACCACCAAUAUUAUUAUUAGGACCAUUUGGCACUGGAAAAACAUCAACAAUUGCUGAAACAUUGAGAAUUUUAUUACUUGAUGAUCCAACAAGUAAAAUAAUUCUUUGCACACAAAGUAAUAGUGCUGCUGAUUUGUAUGUAAAGGAUUUCUUUCACAGUUGGUAUCAAGAAUCACAAAAUCCACGAUUGAAACCAGUGAGGAUUUAUUACAAAGGUCGAGGAAGAAAUACGGUACAUGCAGUGGUACGUGAUUACACUUUGACUGAUCAAAGUGGUCGAUUUCGUGAGCCAACAAAAGAGGACAUUGCUGAAUGUGGUUUGAUCAUUACUACUCUUGCAACAUCGAGUUGUUUGACACCCCUUGAUUUGGAGCCAUCGCACAUUGUUAUCGAUGAAGCGGCACAGGCACUUGAAUGUGAAGCCUUAACAGCAUUGGCUUUAGCGAAUGAGAGAACGCGCAUUGUACUUGCUGGCGAUCAAAUGCAAUUGGCACCUGAGGUUUACAGUGAUUUGGCAAGAGAACGUGGACUUGGUACCAGUCUUCUUGAGAGACUACAUUUAACUUAUAAACAAAAUCAUCCAUGUAGAAUUCAAUUGUGCAAAAAUUAUCGUGCACAUGCUGAUAUUGUUAAAUUGACAUCACAACUUUUUUACGGUGGUCAAGUUGAAGCGGGAGCUGUUUUACAUAAACAUCCAUUGCAAACACCACUUAUGUUCUAUGCCGUUGAGGGACAGGAAGUUAAGGGAAAUAAUUCAACUGGAUUUUUUAAUAAUGAAGAAGUGGCGGAAUUAGUGGCGCGCGUUGAUGAUUUAAAGCGCAAUUGGCCAAAACAAAGAUGGGGACCCUAUGGCGAGGGUUCAAUUGGUGUGUUGGCCCACUAUAUGGAACAGGUGUAUAGAAUACGUAAUGAAUUAAGAAAACAUAGACUACAAGAGGUGAAUGUCGAGCGUGUACUAAAUGUUCAAGGAAAACAAUUUACUGCCGUUUUUAUAAGUACAGUACGUACACGUCAUUGCAGUCGUCAUACGGCCGAAGUUAAUAUUACUGAUUAUGGUUUUUUGACAAAUCCACGAUUAUUAAAUACAGCAGUGACACGUGCAAAAUGUCUUGUUGCAAUUGUUGGCGAUCCUGUUGCAUUAUUAACAGUUGGAUGCUGUCGUACAUUGUGGCAACAAUUUUUCAAAUCGGCAACAACACAUGGCGUUGAUGAGGAUAGACUUAAUCAUCAUUUAAUUUCAAUUUCACAAGUUAAAGAAGAAAAGGCAUUAAAUCCAUUGGCUGAGGAAUUUGUACCAAGAAAUCCACCGCAACCAUUAUUUGUCGAAUAUGUGACAAUGCCAGUGAGUUAUCCGGUAAUACAUUGUGCGGUCGAUUGGUCCGAACGAAGAACUCUCACAUAAAAUAAAUAACCAAAUGUAAAUCUUUCAUUGUAUAUGUAUUUUCACGUAUUGAAUUGAUUUAUUAAUGAAACAGUCUUUUAGAAUUACAUUUUUUCAUAAAUUAUUGUAAUAUUUUUUUUUUUCAAUUUAUAAAGAGUGCACGAUGUUUUUUUUUUUUUUAGAAUUUUUUCUUCUGCUAGAGUUUUUUUUUUUUUAAAAAAAGCUUGAAACAAAGUAUUUAGAAAUUAGUGCAAGAAGAGUGAUUUAUAUUUCUAUUUGUAGUAAAAUAAAAAAAGAAAAGUAAAUAAAAAAAUAAAAAAAAAACAAAAAAAAACAAAAAAAAAAUUGAAAACAUUUAGAAAAUUUUUCAAAUGGAAAAAUACUGAAAGACGUACGUAUGAUGAUAUCAUAUUGUGUUAUAUGUGUAAAUACAUCGAAAUACAUUGUACAUGCCACAUUAUGAGAGUGAA